GCGGGGAAGCCGGGCAGGAGGGAACCCGCCCGGGGACGCUCCGGGUUAAUGAGGCUGGGGGAGGGGGCAAGGGGAGAGGGCGGAGGGAAGCCGGAAAGAAUCCCUGGGUGUCCCCUGCGCCCGUUCACAACCUGCCCGCUCCAGCGCCGGCAGCUCCGGCUCCCGGACGCCCGCGCCCACGCCCCGGUAGCCGGCCCCGGCCGAAGAUCGCGGCUCCCCGAUUCCGGGAGCUCGGCAGCCGCGGCGCAUCCGGAGCGGCGCCGGCCGAGGCGCCUGCAGCGACCCCAUGCUCCUGCCCGCGCCCCCCGCGCUGCUGCUGCUGGGCACCACGCUGACCUUCCGGGCCGCGCUGCUGCUGCUGUCCCGGCUGCCCCUGCCCUCCAACGUGCGGGGCGACCCCGUGCGCACCUGGCGCUGGCACAACCUGCUCGUCUCCUUCGCCCACUCCAUCGUGUCCGGCCUCUGGGCGCUGCUCUGCGUCUGGCAGACCCCGGAGAUGCUGGUGGAGCUCGAGACCGCCUCGUCGCUUUCCGGCUAUUGGCUCGUCUGCUUCUCCACCGGCUACUUUAUCCAUGACACGUUGGACAUAGUGUUGAGCAGCCAGACCCGGGCGUCGUGGGAAUAUCUGGUGCACCACGUUUUGGCCAUCUUUGCCUUUGCCUCGGGCAUCUUUCAGGGCACCUUCGUGGCAGGGGGCGUCAUGACCCUCUUUGUGGAAGUCAGCAACAUCUUCCUCACCAUAAGAAUGUUGAUGAAGCUCAGCAACAAUCAGAACCACGUUUUCUACGAGAUCAACAAGUACAUCAACCUGGCGAUGUACUUCCUCUUCCGCCUGGCUCCCCAGGCCUACCUCACCAGCUUUUUCCUUCAGUACCUGGGGCAGAGGACACUGGGAGCCUUUCUGCUCACCAUCCUGUUGCUGCUGGACCUGAUGAUCCUCACCUACUUCUCCCGCCUCCUUCGAUCAGACUUCUGCCCAGAUAGAGCUUCCCUUCGGCCUAACAAUAACAAGUUUCUGAUUGACUGAAUAGUCCAGUCCAUCCUUCAUGACUGUAGGGACUUACUUUCCACAUGCCCUAGCAUCCCUCUGGACAUAGGUCCCUAUUUGACUACCAGCUUAGAUGUACUAUUGAAGACUUAAAACAAAAACAAAAAACACCUCUCAAAUCCAAAAGCA